AUGAACUUUUCUAUUCUACUCUUCCUCGUCGUCGUCGGUUGUUUGGAAUCGGCAACGCCAUCAGGCAACUUUGAUGGUGUACUUUCUGUAUUCACGAAAUCCAUCCAAGCCCAAAAUGUCGAAGGAGCCAUGAAGCUGUUGGAUGACGGAUUUCAGUUUCGCACGUGCGCAAAAACCAUGACCAAAGACCGAAUCAGAUCAAUAUUUGAAGAGUUUGUUAAAAAAGCAAACCCUUCAAAAUUUGAACUGUCGCCAGUCGGAGAGGAAGACAUUUCUGGAAAUGGAAUCUGGAAGAUUCCACUUGCAAUCAAAGGUCUAGGACAAUCUCAGCUCCACACCGUCGUUUAUAUUAAUAUGUUCAGAGGAAAGUUCUUACGAGCAAUCGUCAACAGCUGCAAAGAAGUCGCGCCAUUUGGAGCCGGCGGUGAGAACUCAGCGAGGAAGCCACUCAGCGAGGAAGAAAUGAAGAAAACUGCCGAAACUUUUGUGGAAAAAAUGGUCAAGGCUUUCACAUCGAGAAGUAUGAAUCUAUUAAAGGAUCUGUAUACAAGCGAUUAUUCCCACGAUACCUGCGGGAACUUCUUUGAAAGACAGAAAUUCAUAAAGGCACAUUCACAAGCAGAUCCCCGUCCGCAUAACUACAAAAUGAAGGUGGACCUAGUCCAAGAUGUUGGUUCCGCCAUUCGAUUUGUCGCAUCACUUGAUCCAGACCACGGAGAGAAUAGAACUCAAAUCGAUUACUAUUUGAACAAGAAAGAAAACAAGUUGGAGAAUGGAUGUGUCCUCACAUGUACUGAAAACACACGGAAUCCAAACUACACGAAGAAGUUCCCGGGAUACGACAAAGUCCUCUCAAAUUUUGUGGAGAAACUGGCCAGCCGCGACUUCUACCUGAUCUCCGACCUGUUUACUCCUACAUUUGAGCUUCGUACAUGCGACUACGUGUUCGAUAGAGACGUUCCACCCACCAUGCAGUACAAAUGGCAAUUAACUGGGCUGGGAACAAAGGGAGCGGACGUCGUGCAGGAUCCGGAAAAUUCUAUAGUCCAACCGUCUCAGUGUUCAUUAUUUCGGCAAGAUGAGGAGGUGUUUCGAUAUUCUUCACUGCUUGGAUGUGUUUGGGCGUUCUUCUGCUUUUGCAAGAACUUCUUGCAAAAGAAGCUCUGCGGAAAUCCAACUCCAAGAAACCACAACACCCCGGCAAACGAAGUGGAAAAAGGUCCGGUGGCACAUGUCGCAGCAGCUGAAAGCCCUGCACCAGCAGGAUGUACAGAAAACAAGAAGGCAAGUACAGAAAACAAGAAAAAAGAAGAUUCUGGCUAUAAGUUCCGGAAUCCGGAUAACUGGUCAUACAUUUGA